UUUAUUAUUAUAUUUUUAAAUGUUUACGAGCAUCACGCGCGUCAUCAAGCUCCACGCGCCUCUGCGUCAAUGACGCGGCCGAGCAUAGGGGGAGGAGCCUCCCGAAGGCCAGGAGGAGCCUGCUCCGGAGCGCUGAGCUCCUCGAAGGCAGAGGGAGGGCCGCUCCUCAUCUGUCAGCUUCACUGCUUUUGUGAGACGAGCGGGCUGCAGGAUGGAGCGGAUGGAGUCCAUGGAACCCAUCUCGGCUUACUACACCACCUCCUACCCGGAGAUCCAGCCCGACAGCGGCUACGGCUCCAGGGAGACCCCCGAGAGUCAGGCGAAGACGCCGCCGGCCCCCGCGUACAACGAGGAGCUGGAGCACAAGACGAUCCUCGUUGGAGACAGUGGAGUCGGCAAGACUUCCUUGCUGGUCCAGUUCGAUCAGGGAAAGUUCAUUUCUGGUUCUUUCUCUGCAACUGUUGGCAUCGGAUUAACGAAUAAAGUGGUAACUGUUGAUGACACAAAAGUCAAACUCCAGAUCUGGGAUACAGCAGGGCAGGAGCGGUUCAGAAGUGUGACACAUGCGUACUACAGGGAUGCACAUGCACUACUCCUUUUAUACGACAUCACCAGCAAAUCGUCCUUUGACAACAUCCGGGCAUGGUUAACAGAGAUCCACGAGUAUGCACAGAGCGACGUAGUCAUCAUGUUGCUGGGCAACAAGGCAGACAUGAGCAGUGAGCGAGCGAUCCGAAGAGAUGAAGGAGAAAGACUGGCAAGAGAGUAUUCUGUUCCAUUCAUGGAGACCAGCGCCAAGACGGGAGUAAACGUCGAGCUGGCCUUCACAGCCGUCGCCAAAGAGUUGAAGCAGCGAGCCAUCCAGCAACCCAAUGAAGCAAAGUUCCAGAUUCACCAAUACAUCGAGGCCCGCAAGGAGAAGUCGGGCUGUUGCAGCUACUUCUAAACCCAAACUAAAAAAAAAAAACUAAAAAAACAGGAAAUCAGGAAUUCAAACUCACGUUGAGAGCUUCUAAGUGAAGAGAACUACAUUCUGGUGCCAUUCAUCUCAGAAAAACAACAACUACAGCCAUCAGUGGAGUCAAAGAAGAAUGAACGGACAUCAGAAAACCGGCCGUUCUUCUCUGCUCACAAACAGGAUCUCUAAUAUCAAGACACUUUCAGAUAUGGUACAUUUUAAGCAAAUUGAUCUAAUAAGAAAAUAGAUUUAUUUUUUACUACAGGAAGAGAAAAACAACAGCUUUAGGAUUCAGAUUAAAGUACCUCUAAAUGACAAAAAUUGAGUUUCCGUCCCACUAAAAUAAACAUAUUAUGUUUUUAUUCAUUGAAAGACAUGGAGAUUCUUGUCAGUAUUAAGCUGCUACCCCACACUGAGAAAGGCGAGGCUACUAUGUGCUGGAGGAAAUACACAGAAUACAUUCGAGGUAGAGUUUUGUACUAUCAUGUACUAUAAAAGAGAUGGUGCAAGAAUAAGAAUCAGAGAGAGUAAUGUUUCUCAAACACGGAGGAGAUACAUCCUGUAUAUGUAUUUUACUAAAAAGUUUUCUUUGGGACAUUGAAAGCACAAAAUCGGGUUUUCUAAGCCGGAUGUGAAUAGAUUUGGUUUUAAAGUCACAUUUUUGCAUCAAGUAAAGCAAAAGGACAUAAAUCUGAAAACGUAAACGUUUGACAUUAUUAUAAAUCCUUGAAUUCUUUUAAUCUUUUCAAAGUUUUUUUGAAGUUUUCAAACUUGGCUCUUGGUUGUACUUCCAGCAGGAAAUCCCUUUUCCUCCCAGGAACAUCUGACUCUAAAGUCUGGUCAGUCUGGCUGCUGUGAUCGCUCGGUUCCAUGCUCGGGCUCAGUUAUACGAACCAUAUCAAAGUCAUGGGAGACAGAUAAAAUUAUCCAACAUUUAGUAAACUCACAGCAUAAGUAAAACUACAACAGCAGGACAGGCUUUAGCAGGGAGUAUAAAGGACACUUCUUUGACGUAUCUGUUAGACCUUCUUCUCUCCUAAAUUUCAAACUUUUGACCAAAUAGACCCUUUUGACAUGACAUCACACAAAAGGGCGAGCGUAUAAAGUGACUUCCGGUUUAUAGGUUUAGAACGGCAAAGCUGACUGCUGAACUCUGUUUAAGGCAAUUUUAAGUAAAUAAUGAAAGGUAACCUAACCAAUUGUAACCAAAAUUUGUACAAUAUGUAUUUUCUAAAUGUCCUACCUGGUUGUGUUCCCACUUAGAUCAAAUGUCAGUAUUCCUCCUGCAGAAUGCUUCCCCAAAAGUGUAUAGAUGAGAUUAAACAAGUCGUGGAUUACAGGACCUUCAUUGAUGCUGCUGGUUUGAUUAUGAAGGUCAUUCAGAUUUUCUUCUUCUAAUUUAUGCUAAUGCUAACGCUAGCUUUCCUCAACGGGGAUGAGACGUAGAUCUGCAGAAGAUCUUUUCUGUCCAGUUGAAGUUACAUUUCUGUGUUCCCAAAAUCACUGAGAGCAAACGUCAGACAAUUUCAACGUGUCUUAUAAUAAAGAAAAACUAAUAACUGUUGUGUUAUUUUCUGACGUAGCUCCCCUUUGCUGUUGCUCAUAACUGUGUCUGAUCCCUGCAGGAUCAUAAAGGUAAACAAGGAUAAAAAUAAUUUGAAACCGUCAGAAAAAUAUAUAAGGAAAGGAUUCUUUGCAUGUUAUUUUCUAAAUACCUAUUGCCAGAGUUGAACUUUUGUUUUGAAAGCUGAAAAUACGUGGCUUCAUAGCCACACUGAAAAUAUUCACUGUUCCACUUGGUAAACAUUCCUAAUUUUACAAUUACCCCUUAAAAUACCCCAAAAAACAACAAAUACCUCUUAUUACAACAACUAUUUAGCCUUGGGUGCAGUUAAAACACGAUCGGCCAACAUGCAGCAAUCUGCAUCUUGGCCCUUUCCUAUUAAAUGUGGCCAACAUGAAUUUCCAUCAGUUUUUGUGCUGAUCGCAGUUAAAACACGUGUAAUAACAUCAAGCAGAAUAGAACCGUUAGAAUAAUAUCUGCUCAAAUGAAAGGUCGAUAUUUUCAAUAGAACUUCAAAUAUUGAAGAUUAUUCACAUUUAUAUUUAGAUUUGUGAAUGAUCUACGACAGGAAAUGAAAAUACAGUUCAGCAGGACAUUCAGAAAAUGAAUAUUGUACAUUUUUCUGUUUAAAUUGGUACGGUUACCUUUUAUUAUUUAUUUAAAAUUGAUUUAAACAGCGUUCAGCUGUCAGCUUUGCCGUUAUAAACCUGAACACCAGAAGUCAGUGUUCCCAUUUUCACCCCUGUCGCCAUUUUGUCUGACGUCACCGUGAAAAGGGUCUAUCAACAUUGAAGGUACAAUGUCAAGACAACUGCGUUUUGUUUCUCCAGCAUGGACGGUCUGUGAACUGUCAUCUCUCGCUGUUGGGAUCGUUCCUUUGGUCUUGAGCUUGAGCUGAUCAAGAGAAAGACUUUCUUGCUGUGUUCAAUGUGCAAAUUUAACAGUUCAUCUUGGUCCUGAAGCAGCAAAAGUUCCCCCACACCAUGACUCUACCACCACCUUGUCUUGUUAUUGCUCCGGUGUUUCUUGGUUCUAGAUAAAUCCGGACAGAAUUCUCUUUCUCGUCGGUUCUGAGAUGAGUUCUCUUCCAAAGCCUUUUCUUGUCAAACAUCAACUGUAUUUUUGUAUUUCUUAGUCUCAUUGAUCUGACAUUUGUAUCUUAUGUCAACUUUUGGAUGAAUAUUUUCAUAUGUAUUUGUGUUUUCUUAUUUCUAUGUCGGUCAUUGCAUUCAGAUCCUGAAGGUUUUUGUUUGGUGUGAGCUUCUUUUCCUAUGCAAACCGACCUGUUGUAAUAAUUCCUGUUUCUGCUUUGGCGUCUUUUGAUGGUGGAAUUAUGAAAAAAACAAAAAAAACCUUUGUAUGAACAAUGACAUUGUUUCUAUUGGUAAUCUGAGGAAGAAGUUAAUUUACAUUUCAAAGGUUUUCUGUAAUUAUACAGCUUCAUGACAAAAUAUAAAUUUAGAUGAACAAACUCCAAAGGGCUAAAUAUUAAGCAUUUAAAAUACCUUCAAAUUAUUCAAAUAUUACAAAAAAAAAAACAGCCUAAACAUUAAGAAAAUCUUCAAAAAAUCUAAUUUUCAGGAAACAUUUUAUGCGAUGCAGCAGAUUUGGACAAAAGCCAUAAUCUGAGUUCAGCUUUGAGCAGAAAUGGUUGAACAAAAGUUUUGUUGGCGACUCAUUUCUGACAUAAUGCAGCCAUGCAGCAGCUGGUGAGGAAUGACAUCUGUCAGAAAGGGUGUGCCACUCCGCACAUGUGCAGCAAUGCAUGCUGGGUGGCUCACAACAAAUAGAUGGAACGCUCCAGAUCUGCAUGCAGCUGUUACCACAGCGCAUUGGACUCCUAAAGUUAUCAAGUCUGAACUUGGUGCUCAGGGCUGCUUUAUUUUUUUUAAGACUAAACUGAAAAUAGAUGAAACAGCAUCAACAUUAUCAAUAUUGCCUUUUGUCAGCUAGCUUUUACAGCACAAAGAAAUUGUUCCGAUCUUAAAAACAAAAUAAUAAAAACUAAUUUAUAAAACACAUCUUGUCAAAUAAUUUAAUAUGAUCAGUGUUUACAAGUAUAACGUACGGAAAAUAUUAUAAGUGAAAAAUCUAGUCAGUAAAAUGAUCUGAUAAAGAUUUUUUUUUAAUUGAAACAAACUACAAACUCCUGUCGUCUGUGAUUGUGAACUUUAAGGUCCAGUUCAGCUGAUCCAGAUUGUGGGUCUUUGUGUUUCCCACAGCUGUUCUGACCACACAGUCUAAGGCUGUGUUUGAUGUGCUGCAUGCUGGAUUAAGAAUAAAACUUUUUCAAUCAACA